CCAUUUACAAAAUCACUUUGGAUCCAUUCAUUAAAUUGGUUAAUUGCAAUAAAUCCAAGUGCCUGAGCGAUAAAAAAUUUACUUCUGGCUUUUAUGAUUGAGUUGUUCUGCACGGUGUCAGUCAGCUUACCCUUUUUUUCAUAAAUUUCCAUAUGAACUUGUCAAAUGUUUAUGCUGUGUUUCUCUCAGAUGUAGCUCCCUGUUCAUGGUGACUGUUGAGUGGAAACUCCAUCCAGAGGAGGUGGAGUCAGAUGUCUGCCGCAGCAGAUUUCAGCUGUUCAGCCUGGCAGGAGGAGCCAGUAGGACUGACCUCAGAGGGUCAGUGACAUAGCCAGUGAGAUCUCUAUUACAUGGGCAAGUGGAACUUGAAAUGAUCUACCACAAACUGAUAAAGCAUUAUUCUGAUUGUGGUCAUCAUCUGGAGGGAGAUGUGCUAUAUUUAUUUAUUUAUUUAUUUAUUUUACCUCUGGCUGUAGGCAUAGAUUAUAGGAGAUAAGUAGUAUAUAUUGCUAUUCCUGAACAAAAUCCUCUUGUAGGAACAACUGCUUUUCUUGAUGGAUUCUUGUAGUUGAGGAAUGUACCUCUUGUGACUUUCUGAGUAGGUGUUUUUGUAAUAGAGUGAUGUUGGGGCCAAAUCUACACCAGUCAAAAGUGAUUCUAUAUCUGUCCUAUAAACAACUUUAAGGUAGCCAAAGUGUAUCAUCUGCCCCCCGUCUCACACUAUCCCUUGGAUUGUAAUCUUAUCUAAGGUCUUCCUCUUUCCCUCCCAUCUGGGAGCUCAAUGUUCAACAUCCUUUGUCCAAUUUAUGCAGAAUCCCUCCUCUGCACAUAUUGAAACCCUCUCAGCCUUGCCUCAUUAACUUUGUCUCCAAACCACUCAACCUGAGCUGUCCCUCUGAUGUUCUCAUUUCUAAUCCUGUCCGUUCUGGUCACUUCUAUUGAAAAUCUGAGACUCUAAACCUCUGUUUCCUGUCUUUUUUAUGUCAGUGCCAGCACCUCCAAACCAUACAUCACAGCAGGUCUCAUUACCAUCUUGUAAACCUUCCCUUUCACUUCUUUACCACCCCUGAACCUUGUCUCCGCUCACUCCACUUGCCUCUUCUUCACCUCUUUGGAUGGUUGAAACAAACCAAGUUUUUUUAUUAAUUUUUUUAACUCAUCUGCUUUCACCACCUCUGCUCCUUACAGCUUCACCUUUCCACCGGUGUCCCUCUUAUUCACACACAUGUAUUCUGUCUUGCUUCUAACCCUACCUCAUCCAGCGUGCUCUCUACUCUCACUAAAGACCACAAUGUUGCCUACAAACACUAUAGUCCAAGGACACUCCUGCCUGACCUCAUCUGUCAGCCUGUCCAUCAUCAUUGCAAACAAAAAUCUAUAUGACACUAAUGUUAUUUCACUCAGCAAACCAGCUUCAGAUCUUCAUCUCUACAAGAAAACAUAUCCAACUCAACAGGGAGUGAAUUUGACUCAGAGCCUACAGGUAGAUGCUGGGGUGGGGGAUGGCCUUUUGAAAUAUGUUCAGUAACAAUGGAAGGAAGUAGCGGCAUAGCUUUUGGGGAAAGCAGUGUUCACAGGCAGGCAGUGAAAGAAUGAGCAGGGAACUGACAGCUUAUACCAGCAUGAUUAAAAGGGUGUUGGGUAUGUGAGGGGAGUAUGCCAAUGCGAGUGCCGCAGUACACUAGAGUGAUUGCCUGAAGUAUCUUGCAGCCUUCACCUCAUUAGUAAAACCUGUACUUUUCUGGCUGCGAUGAGUCAAAAAUGUCUGCAGUUAUAUGGUCCUGUUAAUUAGGUCAGAUCAACAGGGAGGACAGCAUUUGCCUCAGAAAUGUAAUUUUUUGAUAUCAGUUCUCUUUAUGAGUAGAAGCUUUAUUCAAGCUAAAAAUUAUUAAUUCUACAUUUUACAGCAUGGUUUCUUAUGUCGGUGUGCUAGAGCAUGAACACAACACAAACCGCCUUUUCGAUCUCAGCAGGUCAUUUGGAAUUGGCUUUUAGCAUGGCUGCUCUCUCCCUUAGAGGUAAGGUGCAGAGUUCAGUCAUUUGGGAGGGGCUCAGAGUAGAGCCGCUACUCCUCCACAUCAAAGAGAGCUGGCUGAGGUUAGUCAGGUAUCUGACUAAGAGGCCUCCUGGAUGCCUCCCAGGUGAGAUGCUUCAGGCAUGUCCUACCAGGGGAAGGCCCCGGGGCAGACCAGGACAUGCCAGAGAGAUGAUGUCUCUCUGUUGGCUCAGUGUUCUUUCAGAUAAGCUGGGGAGAGGGAGGUGUGGGCUUCUCUGCUAAGUCUUCUCCCCCUGCAACAUGAAGAUGGGUGGAUGGUGUACUUAGUUUUUCAGAUACUUCCUUUGCAUUUUGCCUUAGUUUUUUGAUAAAAUAAUAAUAAUACGAUGUAAUUUGUCAUGUGUUGUAAUUCAGCUCAAGUUGUUUUUACCUCAUUUUAAAAGACCUGUAAAGGCCUAGAUAUCUUUAUGUAUUGAUUUUAUACCCAGAUUAAUUUCUGAUAUGAUAUUAUGUGCUAUUACUAUAUUAUAUUAUGUCCUGAUAUCUUAGAGACAGGGUGAAGAGCUCCGAGUAGAGCUGCUAAUCCUUCAUAUUAAAAAGAGCCAGCUAAGGUUGUUUAGGUUUCUGACUAGGAUCCCUUCUGAAUGAGGUGUUUCAGGCAUGUCCUACCAGGAGAAGACCCAGAUCCAGGCCCAUUAUGUGUCUCAGCUGGCUUGGGAAUGUGUUGGUGUUCCCCUGAAGGAAGUGGAGGAAGUGGAUGGGGAGAGGGAGGUCUGGGCAUCUUUGGGACCUGAACCCAGAUUAAUGGCAAAUAAAUAAAUAAAUAAAUAACUGGAUGGUUGGAUAGCAUAUCCACUUUGUGAUAUUUGAUAUAUAUUUUCAGAGUGAACCCACUGCUGAAGGUCCUGGACCAAAUCCCAAAUCCUGCUGCUAAUAUCAGUGUGAGCCUCCUGCCUCAUUUGCUUAAUGAUGCCUUAAAAGGAAAUAGCAGGACUGUCGUCAUUUACUGCAUUAACCCUCAAGGUACUGAGCUACACCACAUCAACAUACAAAGAAAUAAAUAUGCAUGUGUGAUUUACAAAACAAAAAUAACCCUCCUUCUUUCAGGUCUUCUAGAUAACGAGACACCUUCUGCUUUAAAUCUGGCCCAGAAAGUGAGAGGUUUUGCAACUAAGCCCACCACUGGUUGCUGGAGUCCAAGGGCAACUGAGCAAAAGAUUCGUGACAGCAUCACUGAUCUAAGAAGCGCGAUAAUGUCACAAGGGGACAGUGAAGUUCACAGCAUCUACGAGCUGGCCGAGCUCACGCAAAACCUGCAGAUGGUGAAAAAGCAAUCAUGGGAGAAGAGACGGGAAGAAUCAGAAAAGAUAAAAGUCAAAAUAAAGACUUGCAAGACCUCAAAUAGCAAUCUGCUGUUUUCUGGAGAUCAUCACCCCAACAGCAGGCAGGGUACAGAUACAAUGAAAUGUCUACAGGACCAGCUGAGGCAGGAAAUGGAAGAACAUAUUACAGGUAAAAUACUCAGAUUCAAAAGUCACGGUUCCAUAUGGCUAACCACAGCCGGCGUAUUCUGUUUGUUUCUCAUAUUCCCAGAAGGUAAAGAGAAUGCAGAAAAGGUCCAGGAGAGAGUAGCGAGAAUCCAGCAGCUGAAGGAGGCUCUCAGGGAGGAGACACUUAAGAGUGGAGCUGCUACUGGGAAUUCCCCUGCCUGUCAACAAUCUCAGUUGGAAUACAACAAAGCAGAGGAACGGAGGAGGCAACUUAAGGAGGAUCAUGGGAGAUUAAUUCAGCAGGAGGUGGAGAAGAUGGAGAGAGACUUGGCACAGGAAAACCUACCGAAAGAAGGUCCUCAGAGGGACUUGCUGGUACUGACCAGAGAGAGACAGGUCCUAGUACUGCAGAUAGAGGCCUUGCGUGCCGAGGCCCAGCAAGCUGAAAAAGACCUACAGGAUCAAUAUGACAGACACCGAGCAGAGCUGCACUGUCUCAGGGAGGAGAGCCUGCAGGUGUUCAGAGUGUUUCGUCAGGUAGGCGAAGAGCAGAGAAAGAUUUCAGAGGGCAGAUACAGAAGUGUGCUGCUGGAAGCGGUGCAGGAUGCCAUCUACUUGUCUGCACAGAACCAGCAGCUGCAGGCAGAGAAUAAGCAACUCCGUAAAUCAGCAGGAGAACUGAAGGAUAUGCUAGCUGCACAAGGUGAUCCCGUGGCUGAUCCCCCGUCAACACUGAAUGUGUGACUUGAAUGUCUUUAUGCAGCAGUGUGCGGACUGUAAAUCAUG